CUCUGCCAGCCAUUGACCCUCCAGGUUGCCCUUCCGCCUCAUCAUCGACAUCUACCUGACCCUACCUUACCUCCUACCACCUCACCUAGCAUGGCGAAGCGUCGAGAGACUACCGAGCGUGCGGCUUCCCUGCUUGCCGCUGGUCCGCAUUCCUCACAGCAUUCCUCGCCAGCACGGCCCAGGCCCAACGCGUGUAUGCGAACGAGUCGACCCCAAAUCGGCCGAGUCUGACCACCAUCCAAGUUACAGAGCUCAUGAAGCCUAAGAAACCCAGGAUGGAUGUGCCGCCGACAUAUGACAAGGCCAGACAUGACCCAGCCAGCCAGCAAACACAACGAUACGGACGACUUGCUCUCGGACAGUAUGCCCUCCAUCCGGAAGCCUUUCCCCCGAGCAGAGUCAUCUACUACGAUGACAAGUUUGUAGUGAUCAAUGAUAUGUAUCCCAAGUCUACCGUUCAUCUUCUGAUACUCCCUCGUGAUAAGAGUAAGAACCUCCUCGGAUCGCAAUCAGCAUUCGGUGAUUCAGAGUUCCUGGCCGACUGCAAACGCGAGAAGGACAAGGUGUCCUUGAUGGUUGCCGACGAGCUUCGCCGACGCUUUGGACAGUACUCGACAGCAGAACAGGCCAGGAACGAAGCGAUGGACGCACACGAGCCCCCUGCAGAGCUGCCUCCCGGGCGCGACUGGCUGCAAGGCGUCAAGUCCGGAAUCCACGCCACUCCGUCGAUGGAUCAUCUACAUAUCCACGUCAUGAGUAAAGACAUGGUCAGCGAUUCAUUAAAGAAUUCCAGCCACUAUCGUUCCUUCACAACAGAUUUCUUCGUUGCCCUUGAGGAGUUUCCAAUGACCACGGACGAGUAUGAAAGAAAACGCCGGAGUAUUUCGGAAAAGAGCAUGGAGUGUUGGCGUUGCGGCCAAAAUUUUGGUAAUCAGUUGAAGAAGCUCAAGGAGCACUUAGAUGAGGAGCUCGACGCGUGGAAACGUGAGUAGACAGAAGGCACGACGGAGCUGUCAAGGCUCUCAAAUCGGCCGAGAGCCUGGAGAUCGACCGCAGAGACUUAUACCCACAAAGACACCAAUAUGGAAACAGCCCGUGAUACAGUUCCAUCGCAUAGAGACAAAAAAUGCGAAAAAUGCGAAGAGACCAGGCCUCAAGACCACACGAGAUACCUAGGUCAACAUAAUGGAAAUCUUGGGGGCUUCUUCUAUAUGUUACACGAUUGCAUUGAGCGAUAUGUGCAUUCACAGGCCGUUGUUCACUGUCCGGUCGGCUAGAGUGGCCUCUGGCGCCCUCCGAUUGUAAUUCAGCAUAG